AUGCUAUCGAAAAGUAUGUCCGACGACGAGCAGAUCCGCCAAGGUAUCGCCAUUGGUCCGGAAGUUGCGGGCGCAGAUGAUGAUUCCAUAUCCGACGUAGAAAGCGCCCACUCCUCAACAGCGUCUGUCACAUCAAGCAUCUACGAGUAUCGAAGGAUUCAAGGACGGACGUAUCAGAACUCUCAUACGACUGAUUAUUGGGCCCCAAAUGACGACAAGCAUGUUGAGGCUUUCGACGUAGCACAUGAAUGGCUUACCAUAAUGCUCGACGACAAGCUUUACGUCCCACCGAUUGGGGAGAACCCCCAGGCAAGUCGAAUCCUCGACAUCGGAACAGGUACUGAUAUUUGGGCAAUUGACAUGGCAGAUAAGUUUCCCUCAGCAGAGGUCAUCGGCAUUGACAUAUCGCCCACCCAACCAUCCUGGAUUCCACCAAAUGUCAAGUUCCAGAUCGACGAUGCGCAGCUUGACUGGACUUUUGAGCCGGAUUCUUUUGACUUUAUCCAUAUCCGCUACAUGCAUGGUGCCUUUGACGAUUGGCAGAGAUUAUAUGGUCAAAUGUUCAAGGCUUUGAAACCUGGUGGCUGGUUCCAGCACAUCGAACCCGACAUCCAUCUCAAAUGCGAAAACCUAGGUUCGGUCGCUGGGAACGAAACCUUUAGACAGUGGGCUCAACUAUUCUACGAUGCCGGCGACAGGGUUGGGCGCACGUUCAAUAUCACGAACGGACUCAUGCAAGACUCUGCUCGGGAAGCAGGUUUUGAGGAUAUUGUUCACAAAAUACACACCAUCCCGCUAGGUGAUUGGCCGAAGGAUGCUCGACGUAAGAGACAAGGGCAAUUUGUUGGUCUGUACAUGGAUUUAAGUCUGGAUGGCUUUGCGCUGUAUCCCAUCGGCCAGAUCCUCGGCUGGAGUCGCGAAGAGGUCGAUGUUCUUGUGGCAAAGAUGCGGGCUAUCAUUCGUAAUCCGAAGCAUCUUGGAAGUUGCGAUAUGCAUUUGCUUUACGGCCGAAAGCCAAUCCAUACCUAA